CUCCCACCUUCGUCCCUCUCCCCCCACCACAAACGCCCCCCCCCCUUCAGCCGAGCGCGAGAGAGAGAAGAUGGGUCUUCACGGGCCAUCAAGAUCACUCACGGUGGCGGCGUUCCUCUUCCUCGGGCUCUUGGCCUCGUGUUCGGCCUCGGACAUGUCCAUCAUCAGCUACGACCUCGCCCACGGCGGCGAGCCAGGCCGGCGCUCCGACGCCGAGGUCGCCGCCCUCUACGAGUCGUGGCUCGCCAAGCACGGCAAGGCCUACCACAACGCCCUGGGGGGCGACGAGAAGGAGCGGCGGUUCGAGAUCUUCAAGGACAACCUCCGGUUCAUCGACGAGCACAACUCCGGGAACCGGACCUACGCGCUCGGCCUCAACCGGUACGCCGACCUGACCAACGGGGAGUACCGGUCCACGUACCUGGGGGCCCGCCCCGACGCCAGGAGGAGGCUCGCCAGGGGCCGGAGCAGCCGCCGCUACGAGCCACGGGUCGGGGAGGCGCUCCCGGAUUCCGUCGACUGGAGGGAGGAAGGCGCGGUGGGCGGCGUCAAGGACCAGGGAAGCUGCGGGAGUUGCUGGGCCUUCUCCACCAUUGCCGCCGUGGAGGGGAUAAACAAAAUCGUGACCGGUGAUCUGAUUGUACUGUCGGAGCAGGAGCUGGUAGACUGCGAUACUAUUUAUAAUGAAGGUUGCAAUGGAGGUCUCAUGGACUAUGCUUUCGAGUUCAUCAUCAAGAAUGGCGGCAUUGACUCUGAGGAAGAUUAUCCGUAUAAAGGUGUCGAUGGCAGUUGCGACCCAUAUCGAAAGAAUGCCAAGGUUGUUGCAAUAGAUGAUUACGAAGAUGUUCCAGUGAACAACGAGAAAGCAUUGCAAAAGGCAGUCGCUAAUCAACCAGUCAGCGUGGCCAUCGAAGCCGGUGGUCGGGAAUUUCAGUUGUACCAGUCGGGUAUUUUCACUGGACGAUGUGGUACUGCACUGGACCACGGAGUGGCCGCCGUAGGAUAUGGCGCAGAAAAUGGCAUGAAUUACUGGAUUGUAAGGAACUCUUGGGGCGAUAGCUGGGGAGAGCAGGGUUAUAUCAGAAUGGAGCGUAACUUGGCCAAUGCUGUGACUGGCAAGUGCGGGAUCGCAAUGGAAGCGUCUUACCCCAUCAAGAAAGGCGCAAAUCCCCCGAACCCAGGGCCAUCUCCCCCGUCUCCAAUAAAACCACCGACCACUUGUGAUCGUUAUUACUCAUGUCCCGAAAGCACAACUUGCUGCUGCGUCUAUCCGUACGGCAACUAUUGCUUCGCCUGGGGAUGCUGCCCGCUUGAGGCCGCCACGUGCUGCGAGGACCAUGAAAGCUGCUGCCCCCAUGACUACCCGGUCUGCAACUUAUAUGAAGGGACCUGCUUGAUGAGCAAGAACAAUCCUUUCAGUGUUAAGGCACUGAAGCGUACCCCAGCACAGUUUCAUUGGGCCUACGGGAGCGGUGGCAAGAAGAGCAGCGCGUAGUGAGAAGGUUUGCCUUUUAAGCAUUGGGAUAAACAGCUUUGCCAGAGAGUGAAGCAGUUGCAGCGAGCCCCUAUCAAUAUUACCAAACUGAUGGAAAGUUUAAUUGAUGUUAGUCAGACGAAAAAUAUGUAUAUAGUGCUGUAUUUAUUGUUCAUGUUGCAUUUGAUCAGCAGACCGAUUGAUCCUGGCUUCCAGCAUGUCCAUUUAUGGAUCCAGUUAUAUUUACUUGAGAGGAAGUAUGCUUAGUCCUUUGAA